CCUCUCUCCAUCCUAUUCGCUUGGUCUCCAAGAAAUUUUUUUAUAAUUUCUUUAAAUUAUUUUCAUAAAAAUAAUAAGAAAUUUCUGGAUAUUGUAUAAAUACAUUUCGGUCAUCGCUGUAUGGCUGUAUUCUAGCAGAGGACCAAAACUAGGAGUACAGAUUCUGCUUUAACAGGGUUUUUCUCUCUCCGUGAAUUUCUUAAUUUAUACUACAUCAAAAGGAAAUUAAGAGAGAGAAGAAGAACAAGCAAGAGAAAGUAGAACUUUCCUAUUUCCCACCUUUUUGUUAAGGGGUGUAAGAAAAAACAGAAAAAAGAACCCAGAAAUCGAAGUUUGUUUCGUAGAUUUUGGUGAAUACUCAAUUUGAUUUGAAGGGUUAUUUUUACUUGGUGGUGGGUAGUUCCUUUGAUUUGGGAUUAUUUCUGGAAUCAUGACUUUUCAAGCUCAGAAUGAACGAAGAGAUCGUUCUUCAUUUUCUGGCCAAAGUGGUCGUCAGCAGUGGGUUGCUAGAAGUCCUGGAAUUUUGAGUUCCCAGCCAUCACGUUUUAAUGAAAACCCGGAUGGAUAUGCAGGUGAUGGGAAUAGUAGGCCGGGACAAAUUGAUGGUAGGUGGGGUCGAGGGUUUAGAAGAGGUGGUAGUGGUGUUGUUAUUGGAAGGUCACAGCCAUUGGGUUUUAACGAAAACCCCGAUGUAAAUGCUGGUGAUAUGAAUGGUAGACCGGGGCAAAUUGAUGGUAGGGGGGAUCGGGUGUUUAGAGGAGGAGAUAGUGGUGUUAGUGGAAGAGGUGGUCGGAGUUUUAUGGGUCGGCCUGAGCAUUUAAGGAGAGAUCGAAAUAAAAUGAGAGAGGGGUUCGGAGAGAGAGGGAAUGUGAAUAGGGAUAGAAGUAAUGAUCAAAGGAAAGGGGGAGGAAAAGGUGGGGAUUUUUCGGAUUUGCCUCAGUUGGUGCAGGAAAUUCAGGACAAGUUACGUAAAGGAACUGUGGAAUGUAUGAUUUGUUAUGAUAUGGUGAGGAGGACUGCUCCUAUUUGGUCUUGCUCGAGCUGUUACUCGAUUUUUCAUUUGAAUUGUAUCAAGAAAUGGGCUCGUGCACCUUCAUCCGUUGAUACUUCUGCUGAGAAGAGUCAGGGGUUUAAUUGGCGGUGUCCUGGAUGUCAGGCAGUGCAGCUUACAAUAUCGAAGGAUAUCCGUUAUGUUUGCUUUUGUGGGAAAAGCCAUGAUCCGCAGUCAGAUUCGUACUUGACUCCUCAUUCUUGCGGUGAGCCUUGUGGGAAGCCAUUGGAGAGGGAUGUUCUGAAACCUGGUUUGAGCAAGGAGGAUAUGUGUCCUCAUGUGUGUGUGUUGCAAUGCCAUCCCGGUCCCUGUCCCCCGUGCAAAGCUUUUGCACCUCGUCGGCCUUGUCCUUGUGGUAAGGAAGUUAUUACAACAAGAUGUUCUGAACGGAAGUCUGUGCAUACAUGUGGUCAGGUCUGUGAUAAGGUUCUCGAAUGUGGGCGCCAUCGCUGUGAUGAAAUCUGUCAUGUGGGUCCAUGUGAGCCUUGCCAAAUUCCCAUGGAUGCCUCUUGCUUCUGCAAGAUGAAGUCUGAGACGGUUAUUUGCGGAGAUAUGUCAUUGAAUGGAGAGAUAACUCCAGAAAAUGGCGUUUUUUCUUGUAGUUCUUCAUGUGGGAAGAAAUUAAGUUGUGGAAAUCAUGAUUGUGUCGAAAUCUGCCAUCCGGGUCCUUGUGGGGAGUGUGAAUUGUUGCCUAGCAAAGUGAAGACUUGUUAUUGUGGUAAAACAAAUAUAACGGAUCAGCGAAGGAGUUGUCUAGAUCCGAUCCCAACAUGUUCGGGUACUUGUGGGAAGCUGCUUCCAUGUGGAAAGCAUUAUUGUAAAGAUAAGUGUCAUUCUGAAUCUUGUUCUUGUUGCUCUGAGCUUGUCACUCAAAAAUGCCGUUGUGGGUCAACUUCUCGAACAGUGGAAUGCUAUAAGACCACUCUAGCUAGUGAGGAGUUUGUCUGUGAUCGGCCUUGUGGGCGUAAGAAGAAUUGUGGAAGGCAUCGUUGCAGUGAGCGCUGCUGCCCUCUUUCUGAUUCUAGUAACACUGUAUCCGGUGAAUGGAACCCACACUUUUGCUCUAUGCCUUGUGGAAAGAAGUUGAAAUGCGGGCAACAUUCGUGUGAAGCAUUCUGUCAUUGUGGCCACUGCCCUCCAUGCAUGGAAACUAUAUUUACUGACCUUACAUGUGCUUGUGGAAGGUCUUCAAUCCCGCCACCACUACCAUGUGGAACCCUGCCUCCUCUAUGCCAAUAUCCAUGCUCAGUUCCUCAGCCUUGUGGCCAUCAAUCUACUCACUCCUGCCAUUUUGGGGAUUGCCCGCCAUGUUCUGUCCCGAUUGCGAAGGAAUGCAUUGGUGGUCAUGUGGUGCUCCGCAACAUUCCUUGUGGGUCAAAGAACAUAACUUGUAACAAACUUUGCGGAAAGACGAGACGAUGUGGACUGCACGCGUGUGCUAGGAGUUGUCAUCCGUCAUCCUGUGAUCCACCUAAUGGCCCAUCAGAUCCUGCUGCAAAGGGUUCUUGUGGGCAAGUAUGCGGUGCCCCAAGGAGAGACUGUAGACACACUUGCCAAGCGCUUUGCCAUCCUUCGGCUCCUUGUCCCGACUUAAGAUGUGAAUCGCCAGUGACAAUUUCAUGCUCUUGUGGGCGAAUUACUGUAACAGUGCCUUGUGAUGCUGGGGGAAGCAUUUCGACGACCUUUAAUGCUUCUAAUGUUUAUGAAGCUUCUAUUAUGCAGAAACUUCCAGCACCACUUCAACCUGUGGAAGCAAGUGAAAAAAUAAUUCCACUAGGUCAGAGGAAGCUUACGUGUGACGAUGAAUGUCUCAAGCUCGAGAAGAAACGUAUUCUUGCUGAUGCUUUUGAUAUUUCUCCGCCUAAUCUGGAUGCCCUCCAUUUUGGCGAGAAUCCGGCUGUUUCACAAGUACUAUCUGAAUUACUUCGACGUGAUCCAAAAUGGGUCCUUGCAGUGGAAGAUAGAUGUAAGCACUUAGUACUUGGAAAAAGCAAAGGAGGCAGUAGCAACAUUAAAGUUCACGUCUUCUGUCCGAUGAUUAAGGAGAAGCAAGAUGCGAUUCGGUUUAUAGGUGACAGAUGGAAACUCACUAUUAGUGCUGCUGGUCGGGAGCCUAAGCGCUUCAUUGUGGUUCAUGCUACCGCAAAAUCCAAAGCCCCGCCUCGUAUUUUGGGACCAAAGGGUUCCGCUGCUGUGGCUGCACAACAUCCACCUGUUUUUGACCCUCAUGUGGAUAUGGAUCCUAGGCUUGUUGUUGCCCUGCUUGAUCUCCCGAGUGAUGCAUACAUCAGCACAUUGGUUUUACGGUUUGGCGGUGAAUGCGAACUCGUGUGGUUAAACGACAAGAAUGCCCUUGCUAUUUUCAGUGAAGCUGCUCGAGCAGCAACUGCCAUGAGAAGAUUAGAUAACGGAUCGGUUUAUCAAGGAGCUGCCGUCGUUCAACAUAAUGGUGCUGGAAUUUCUGCACCAUCUGCAUGGGGAGGGACUGCGGCUUCUGCUCUGAGAAGUAACCCCUGGAAGAAGGCCGUUGUGAAGGAUGCUAAUAGCUGGUUUGAAGAUUCAUGGGGUGCGGAGGAAUGGACUAAUGGUAAUGCAAGUGCGGAUGUGGGUUCGACAUCAUCUUGGAAAAAACCCGAGGCUUCAGCUACAACCACAACAACGAACAGAUGGACUAUCCUGAAUUCCGAUUCCUUCUCAAGAUCAACAGAGUCAUCGGUGAGACCUGUUGACAACUCUCAAAGAACUGUGGCCGCUGAAAGCUCCUCUGGAACUGGAUCUGAAAUCAAGACUACAAAUACUGCAACUGUUCAACUUAUGGGCUUGCCUGAGGACAGUGAAGUUGUGGACGAUUGGGAAACGGCUUUUGAGUGAAGUACCUUAGUGAUAUUAUAUUUCGUUUACAUUCAUAACUCGUAUUUAAUUUCUCCGAUAUUUGGGGAAAGAAUUGCUGCUUUUUUGUAAAUUAAUGAAUAGUAAUGUGGAUGUGAGAAUCGGGUAGGAGCAAGUACCACAUUCCGCAUGGCUAAGGCCGGAAAUCGCCUUACCUAGCUCUCAUCCCUUUGCCUAUCUUGUGCUUUAAAAAAGGAAUCGUAUUGAGGAUUUAUUUUGGGCUGCCGGACUGCGUCCGCGAAGUUCAGUACAGAUUUUCAUUUUUGACAGCUCUUUAUUUCUGUUAUAUGCUUCCUGAAUGAAAUGAAGCUCUUUAUUUCUGUUAUAUGCUUCCGGAAUGAAAUGAAGUACGUGAAAAUUUUCUUUUGUUGUGAGAAUUUUCUCUCAUGCUCUUCUGAGAAUGAUUCCAAAGGGAAGUACAUUGUCUUGUACGCUUGUUGCUGAAUCAAAAGGUGAUCAUUUUCGA